ACAUUCAAUCAUUCCUCAACACAGCCAUGAAGAGACAGAGAGAAAAUGAAGGUUAUUGUUCAGUAGAGAGCAUUGAUUUGGUGAAAUGCCUAAUGCUUCUUCCUCUUCUCCAAGAAAGAAGCAACAAGUCAUCAACGUCAUCAAUGCAUCAUAGAAAUGGGUCUGCGGAGUUUGAGUGCAAGACUUGCAACCGCAAGUUCUCUUCGUUUCAAGCACUGGGUGGGCACAGGGCUAGCCACAAGAGGCAGAAGCUAGAAGAUGGCGAAGAAGAACUGAAGCAACAAGCCAAAUCACUGAGCCUCUGGAACAACCCCAAGAUGCACGAGUGCUCUAUUUGUGGCCUUAAAUUCUCUUUAGGCCAAGCACUCGGUGGUCACAUGAGAAAACACAGAGGAUUAGCGGAAUCAUCAUCUUCAUCAUUCAUCAACCAUGUUAUUGAGAAAACCCCCGUUCUUAUGAGAUCUAACAGCAAGAGGAUUACGUGUCUCAACUUGGAUUUGAACUUAACACCUUUCGACCCUCAUGAUGACUCCUUUGCCAACCCCACAACCAUCCCACUUCCUCUUUCUUUCUUCUGAUGAGCUUAUUGCUCAUUUGCUCUAAUUAGAUUAUUCUUUCCAUUCUUUUAUUCAUAUGUGUAUUACUCUUAGCGUACCGUGUACUUGAAAAGUUAAUAAUUAAAAGGAACAUUAAUUUGUCA